UGGAGAUGGAGGAGUUGGAGAAGAUGAAGCUGUGAAAGCUGGAGAGACGCGGGGAGAGCUCUAGUCAUGUGAUGAGCUGUUAUCUCCGACGUCACAAGGGAGAAGCAGCGGUGGCUGUUUGCUUAAAGACAACCCCUCUCAUCAUGUCGCAAUCCAUCUCCAAGAAGGCAGUUGGGGAUUGAUGAGUUUCUUCUGCUGUCAUACUCAUCAACGGACAGAUUGCUUCCAUCGCUGUUGACCCAUAUCUCCGAGUUUGUUUACUGCCUUGCCCUUGCUUACGCUGUACUACUAGCAUGUCCCUCCCCCGUGUCUCCUAUCUGGAAUCAUGGGAGCAAAGCCUCGCAGGCUUUCGCCGCCAGCAAUAUCGGGAUCAGGAUUCAGUGGUCGAUUCGGAUGAUCAAGACUCCGUGAACCAUGACCUUCCCGAACCGUCAUUGUCGUCUUCAUUUCCAUCAACCUUCAGUCACAAUUCGUUGAGAUACCGACUCAAUUUCAAUCCAUAUGCUGGCCCCGGGUGGAGCCAGGCAUCCGUGGAGGAUGCAAAUGAUGACUAUGUUUCUAUAUUGGGGCUUAGUUCGACAGCUCCUAGGGAUGGCCAGCAAGACGAAACUGCGCGAGAAGAACCGCAGCCACCACAAAGUAUUGGGUUGAUUGAGCCGGAAUUACCUGGGCCACCGACUACAUCAGCUUUCGAGGUUGGCAGUGUGAAACGAAUUGCGCAGGUAUUUGUUGCAGUGAUAUACUGUUUCCUGGCGGCAGGGACAGUCUUUGGAUUUGCGGCACUUAAACCAGUUUUGGUUAAAGAAGAGGUAUACCACAACCUAUGUUCAGGAGAGACAGUAUGCUACGAACAGGAAAUGCGUCUUAACUUGAUGUUUACUAUCGCUGCCGUCGUGACCAAUGUCUCUGCGCUUCCUGUUGGAACUAUCCUCGACACAUAUGGCCCUCGUGUAUGUGGCAUCAUUGGAAGCUUUUGUCUUAUUAUUGGGGCCCUGCUUUUUGGAUUUGCUGCUAGCCUUCCCUUUGAUGCUUAUAUCCCCGGUUAUCUAUUCCUAUCUCUAGGAGGGCCAUUCGUUUUCAUCCCCUCAUUCCAUCUAUCCAACACUUUCCCCACCCGUUCGGGUUUGAUUUUGUCCAUGUUGACAGGCGCGUUUGAUGCAUCCAGUGCUAUCUUCUUGAUUUUUCGUCUCAUAAACGAACAAACAAAUGGUUCACUGUCAACUAGGAAGUUUUUCCUGCUCUAUCUGGCCGUACCGAUAUUCAUCAUAGCUGUGCAAAUCCUCCUCAUGCCAAAUACAUCAUACAAAACCGCAGGAGAACUGGUACAACAGGCGGAGGCGCAAAUCAUCGCGGAAGCAAACGACAGAAUGGAUGCAAGUGUCCAAGAUCCUAACCAAAGUGAGCGUCAACGCCAGGACCGCCGUGCACGCCGUCAGAGCGUCGUGAGCAAGAUCCAGAAUCUGCUGGACCAGAGCCAUGAUGCAUCCGCCAUAAAAUAUGUGCACAUAGACACAGAUCACCCAAACUCUGGAGACAUGGCAGAUACAGGACCUGGACGGGCCGGGCUCAAAGCCCCAAAGCCAAAAACACACUUGGCAGGUGGUGUUUGGGGUGCAAUGCACGGAUACUCCGCAUUGCAACAGAUUCGUUCCCCAUGGUUUAUCCUAAUCGCCCUCUUUACUGUUCUCCAAAUGCUUCGAAUCAACUACUUUGUAGCCUCAAUCCGCCAGCAAUACGAAUACCUGCUCGGCUCCCCCCAACUCGCCCGACAAAUCAACGAGUCAUUCGACUUCUUCCUACCCCUAGGCGGCCUCAUUUCUGUCCCCUUCAUCGGAACAAUCCUUGAUAACAGGAGCACCACUUUCGUUCUCCUGGUGCUAGUGACAACAGCAACACUCAUCGGCGUCUUCGGCUGUAUCCCCAACAGCAUGGAGGCGGGAUACGCUAACAUCGCGCUAUUCGUCAUCUAUCGCCCAUUCUACUACACGGCCGUAUCCGACUACUCCGCAAAGGUCUUUGGCUUCCAGACCUUUGGCAAAGUCUACGGGCUUAUUAUUUGUCUAGCGGGCAUGGGAAACUUUGCCCAGGCGGGCCUCGAUGCCCUCACCUUCAAGUCUUUCCAUCGUAGUCCCAUUCCCGUUAAUGUCAUUCUUACGGGUGCGACGUUCCUCAUUGGGAGCACGCUUGUGACUUUCGUUUGGUGGAGAGCACGUACAAUGGCCGCCGCAGGGAAUAUCAUCCAACCCACUAGGAUUGAGGAUGGUGGUAUACCGACAUUCACAGACGACGGCAUUAGGCCUAGAGACUGGGAACGACAGCCCCUUCUCUCUCGUGAUACACGUACCGAGGCAUCUUCUUCAUAUGGAACGGCAACUGCAUGAAUCAUGGGUUAUGAAUUGAUGAUAUAUGUUAGUUUAGUUAGUACUUAUUAUAUAUAUAUGAAUUUAUAUACAUCACAAGAUAAGGACGUGUGUCCCAAAAUAUCUCAUGUUUCAUUCGUUGGGUUCUUCGUGAUCGUCGUGAUUCAUAAUCCGGCACCCUACUCUUCGGCGCUUCCGUUCCGACCCCUAUUUUUUUUUCUGUUGACGGCGGCCCCCUAUCUCUUCUGAGCGAAUUAUGGCGAAAAGAAAAUGACGGGUUAAAAAAAUUUGGAGAUGGUGGAGCAAUAGUCGAUAAAAGAAGCAAAAAAAAGCAACGAUUAAAAAAAGGCCUUUUUAGUCUUAGAUUCUAUUUCGGGCAAAGGAGGCUGCUACUUCGCGCCAUAGA